GGAGCGGGUCGGGGACAGCCAGCCGUCCGUCCGUCCGUGCGUCCGUCCGUCCGGCGCAGGGAGCCGUCCUUCCCUCCCUCCGCGGCGGGGCCAGAGGCGCUGCCCGCGCAGCGGGUGCGGUGCCGCUCUCCCGGGCGGGGCCCGCUUCCCGGUGCUCCCUGCGCGGGCGGCGGCGGGAGCCGGAUCCCGCCGGGCUGUGGGGAGCGAGCCGCGCUCUGCCUCCAGCGCCGCCCGGCCCGGGGGCCAUCGCUGCCUGCGGGGGGACAGGGGCGCCGUGGGUGACUGAUGUGUGUGCGUGUGUGUGCUCGCAGCGCACUUCUGCCAAAUAAGGAGAAGUUUAAUUUCCAUUCCAGCGAUAUGCUGCCUUGCAGCCGUGUAUUGGCGUCUGGAGUAUCAGAGUCUAAUAGCUGACCACAAUGAAUGUGGAACAUGAAAUUAGCCUCUUAGUUGAGGAGAUUCGGCGGCUGGGAACCAAAAAUGCUGAUGGACAAGUGAGCGUGAAAUUUGGUGUGCUGUUUGCUGAUGAGAAGUGUGCCAACCUCUUUGAAGCCCUGGUGGGAACUCUUAAGGCGGCAAAACGACGGAAGAUCAUCACUUACCAAGGAGAGCUGCUUUUACAAGGCGUUCAUGACAACGUGGAUAUCAUGCUGCUGCAGGACUGAGGCAGUGUUGCAGCUAUGUGUUAAUGGAAUUGCUUGAAACAGUUUGAUCAAUCAGACAAUUGUUUGAUUUUCCACAUACUCUUAAUAAGGCUGAUCAUUCCAAGGCGUUUUGAUGUAUUUUCUAUAUCUUUAUAGAAAGAAAACUGUCCUAUUUUGGAAAACAUUCCCUUUUGUAAGUCUUCCUAAAAUGGUACUGUAUGUGGUAAUGUAAAAGAUGCCAGAUCUUUUUCUCUCUUUUCUUUUUUUUGUUUCCUUUUUUUUUUAAUCUCAGGUAAUUCUCUCAAAUGUCUGGUGGUUAUUUUCAACAUAUGAAGAAGAGGACUGGUAAUUUAAUGUUUACAAAUGAAAAUGUGCCAUGAAAGUAUAAAAUAAAAGCACAUACUUAAAUUUG